AUGGCGAUAGCAGCCGCUCUAUCCUCUUUGCUGUCCAACAUCAGUCAGUCCCCGCAGCAAUCAUUGGGGCUAGCUAUCGCCCUCGUUCCUGUUCUUUAUGUCAUCUUCAAUGAAUUCAUUCGCGCAUCUGCCCGUGUCAAGGGAAUAGAAGGCCCCCGUGGCUUGCCCUUGAUUGGCAACCUUGUCCAGAUCCGCAAAAAUGCUGCCGAGCAAUACCGUAUUUGGUCCAAAACCUACGGUCCUGUCUAUCAGAUCCAGCUGGGCAAUGUUCCCAUUCUUGUUAUAAAUUCGGCUGCCGCUGCAAAGGUACUUUUUGGGCAGAAUGCACAAGCACUCAGUUCAAGGCCUGAAUUUUAUACGUUCCACAAGAUUGUCUCCAAUACUUCUGGCACAACCAUUGGCACAUCUCCCUACAGUGAGUCCUUAAAGAGGCGCAGAAAGGGUGCCGCAUCGGCUCUCAACCGGCCAUCCGUGGAUAGCUAUGUUCAACAUCUGGAUGUUGAAACGAAGUCAUUCAUCGAAGAGCUGCUCAAAUACGGAAGUGGCGGAAGUACGCCUGUCGACCCUAUGGCCAUGAUCCAACGGCUUAGUUUGAGCUUGGCCUUGACGCUCAACUGGGGUGUGCGAGUAGCAUCACAGGAGGAGGAUCUGUUUGACGAGAUCACCCAUGUCGAGGAAGAGAUCAGCAAAUUUAGAAGCACCACCGGCAAUUUGCAGGAUUACAUACCCCUUCUACGGUUGAACCCUUUCAAUACGAAUUCCAAAAAGGCCAAGGAAAUGCGAGACCGCCGGGACAAGUACCUUACUGGUCUUAACCGACAAUUGGACGAUCGAAUGGAGAAGGGAACCCACAAACCCUGCAUCCAGGCCAAUGUCAUUUUGGACAAAGAAGCGAAACUGAACUCUGAAGAGCUUACCUCCAUAAGCUUGACCAUGCUUUCCGGUGGCCUUGACACGGUCACCACUCUCGUCGCCUGGAGUAUCUGUCUACUUUCCCGCCGUCCCGACAUUCAGGAGAAAGCCAUUAAGGAAAUUCAGAAGUUACAUGGAAGUGGACAGCCCAUUUAUGACGCUGAAGAUGAUCAGAAGUGCGCAUAUGUUGCAGCCCUUGUCAGAGAAUGUCUGAGAUACUACACGGUCCUUCGUCUUGCGCUCCCCCGAACCUCCAUCAGGGAAAUUACAUAUGAGGCUGUUGUGAUUCCGAAGGGUACCGUCUUUUUCCUAAAUUCGUGGGCAUGUAAUAUGGAUCCCGAAGUCUGGAGCGACCCCGAGGAAUUCAGACCGGAGAGAUGGUUUGAGCAGCCUGAUGCACCAAUGUUCACUUAUGGGAUGGGAUACCGCAUGUGUGCAGGCUCACUGCUCGCCAAUCGUGAACUGUACUUGGUUUUCAUGCGAACGCUCGGAAGCUUCCGGAUUCAACCGCAUGACGACGCUGACUGGCACCCUGUCUACGGCAACUCGGAUCCUACUAGCUUGGUUGCGAUCCCUAAAAAGUACAAGGUCAAAUUUGUUCCGAGAGAUGAGGAAGCACUUCGGAUGGGUCUGGCACGUACGUGA